UUCCAUCACUCUGGUUCUUUGGAUAUUUUCCCAAACCAUGUUUAUAGUGUUUUCCCCCUUUUUGUCAUUGAAGUCAUCGACGGUUGAAAUUGUUAGGCAGCUGUAAAAAACCGUAGAUCCUCCGUAAGAUUUUAUCUGUCAUUUCUCAAUGUCAUAGACUCAAAAGACAUGUUUUUAUUUAUUUAUUCUCAUACUGUAGUGCUUUGCAUAGAAUUUUUAUCUCUAUCUUUUCAUCCCAAGCAUAUGUAAAAUCAUACUCCCCGCUUUCUUCUAUACAAUCUUCGUUGUCAAAGACUCAAAGCCACGAGGAAGCAGUUUUGCAUGUCUCAAACGCCUUAAUGAAAUAAUGGGCACUGUUCAGCUAAGUAGUUUAUCUAUAUUCAAGAAUGCUGCUUUUGUUUGGCGGUACCCUUCAUUCAUUCACAGCUAUGUUUUUGUGAUCCUCUUCUUUGGUUCAUCAAUUCAAUAUUUGGUUGGCUAAGGAAGAAAGGGCUCCAGUUUUCUUGAAUUGCAAUUGACUCGUUUUUUCAGGAUUCUUCUUUUUAUUAUUGUAUUGCUUAAAGCGGUGGGUUUUCUUUUCUUCUUUUUAAAUAUUCCAAUUGCGAUUUUUGAGGGGCGUUUACUCUGAUGGCACCAUUGAGAGGGUCGAAGAAGAAGAGGAAGGUGGAGAAGAAGGGUGAAGAUGAAGAGGUUAUAGUUCCAGAAGAUGGCUCCACUGAUUGGUGGGCUUCAUUGUCCAAAAGGGUUUCAGGUAGUGUUUCACCCUCAAAGGGUAUGGACAGAUUCCAGGCCAUCUUCAAGAUGUCAAGAAAGACAUUUGAGUAUAUAUGUUCAUUAGUGAAGGAUCAUAUGAUGCUAAAGUCAGCUAGUUCUGUGUUCACAAAUGGAAAGCCGAUGUCCUUACAUGAACAAGUAGCUCUAGCCUUGCGAAGGCUAUGCUCGGGCAAUUCCCUGAUCGUGGUUGGUGAUUCCUUUGGUGCGCAUCAUUCCACCGUGUCUCAAGUGACAUGGCGCUUUGUAGAGGCCAUAGAAGAAAGCGGGGUCCGCCAUCUCCAGUGGCCUUUGUCAGAACUGGAGAUGAAGCGGAUAAAACUGAAGUUCGAACAAAUAAGAGGUCUUCCUAAUUGUUGUGGCGCAAUAGACACUACACACAUCACGAUGAUGUUAUCCACAUCCGAGCAAACUGCUGAUGUUUGGGCUGACCAGACCGGGAACCAUAGCAUGAUCCUUCAGGCAAUCGUGGACCCCGAUAUGAGGUUCUUAGAUAUUGUCACCGGUUUGCCGGGAAAGAUGGAUAGCUCGUCGGUCCUUCAAAGCUCAUCAUUCUUCAAGCUUUGCAAGAAAGGGGAGAGGUUGAAUGGGAAGAAAACAAAGAUGUGUGGAGAAGCAGAAAUGGGAGAGUAUAUAGUUGGCAGUUCGGGGUUUCCUCUUUAUCCGUGGUUAAUGACUCCUUACAAAGGGAAAGACCUUUCGGGACCCAAAGCUGAAUUUAACAAGAGACAUUAUGCGACUCGGAUUGUCGCGCAAAGAGCGCUGACGAGGUUGAAGGAUGUGUGGAAAAUGAUUCACGGAAACAUGUGGAGACCUGACAAACAUAAGUUGCCAAGGUUCAUACUUGUUUGUUGCAUUCUCCAUAAUAUCAUCAUUGAUAUGGAAGAUGAGGUUUUGGAUGAAGAGAUGCCUCUCCCUCGCCGUCAUGACCCCGGAUAUCCACAAGAGGUUUCUGAGACCAUUGAUGAAACUGGUUCUGUCAUGAGGGAUCAUCUCUCCCUAUAUUUAUAUGGUAAAAAACUGCAGAAAACCCAUGCAGAGUAAUGUAAACCAGACUGUUUUUGCAGGUUGGGUUUUCCCUAAUUUUCUUUAUAUACAUUAUGCCUUUUUAAAAAAACUGAAUGUAUGUUGGUUACAUUUCUUUAUAUUUUGAAACUAUCAUUUCAAAAAAGAUUUUAAUUGAAAAAUAUCUGAAAGCAUAUUGAUAAACAAA